AUGGAGAUCAAUUGUUCGAAGAUGGAGCAGAUGUUAACUGAUGAAUCAGCGGAAGAGAGAUUGGUUAUGCCAAGUAAAAAGAUCAGUGGAAUGCGUUUGAAAGCGGCAGACUCGAUAGCCGUGGUGAUGAACGGAUAUGAGAUUGAUCUGUCGAAUGUUCCCGAGAAGGUUUAUAAGCACGAAUUGAAGUUGAUGGCCGUCAAACAAGACAAUCAACUCAGAGACCUCACUCGCGGUCCAAGAAAUGAUGUCUCAAUAACUUUACGUCGUCGUGUUCUGUGGUCAGUUUAUACAACGGUGUUGAAGAAUUAUAAAGAUUUCUUCGGGUCUGACACAAAAAUGUAUUUUUACGAUUGUGGUGUCACUCUAUAUUCGAUCAAUAAGAUAUUGGACCGCGAAGAUGGUGAGAAGGAGUUUCGUCUGAAGAUGGAUCAAUUAUCGUCAAACAGUCGUGACUUCUUGGGAGUGAAGGUGGUUGGAAUAGUAGCCAAAUUAUUGGCUUGUGAAGAGGUUUAUCUGCGAGAUUUCGAUGAGUCCAUCAGUGAAUGCAUAGAUGAACGUCAACGAUCACUUCAACAAUUUCUCGAAGUGGCUAUCAACCAGAAACUGUAUCACGAUCAGGAUCAUCUGUUGUUCGGCAAUAAGGCAUAUCACCGUGCGAUGCCGCAUGACAAGCAGCUGAAGGGUGGUAAAUUGUUGCAGUCUGGAUUUGCGAAGAAUAUCAGAGUGGUUGGUGAUAGUGUCGAGAAUGCGGUCAUCGUUGCGCAGUUGGACGCAAAGAAGUCGGCAUUCUUCAAGGAGCAAAACCUGGUGGCGUUGAUUGCGAGCCUUUGUAAUAAUCGAUUUGACACACUGCUCAACGACGCAAAUACACGCAGAAGAGUUGCGAAGCAGUUGAAAGGUCUUGUUGUGCGCACGAAUCAUCUUCCAAAAUCACAGCGAAUCUUCAGCAUAUUCGGUAUGACAAAAGAGAGUGCAUCUAAAGUAAUAAUAGUGAUCGACGAUGAAGAGAUAUCAAUAGAAGAAUAUUAUAAUCACAAAUAUCAAAUUGGACUGCAGUACACCAAUUUGCCUUGUAUUGUUGAACGACGUUUCCAAGCCAAGUCGCAGGUUGUAAAUAAUUAUUAUCCAAUGGAAUGCCUGGACGUAUGCAAAGGACAACGUGUCGAGAAUAAGAAGCAAACUCCCGAUUUAGUCGAAGAAUUGAUCGCAGGAUGCCGUUUAUUGCCGAACCGUUUGAAAGAAGAGAACGAAAAGCAGCGUCGUGCUGCAUCCAUCACUAAUCAAAAUCCAUAUUUCCGUCGAUUAGGGAUGCUUUAUCCACCGGCCAUAAUCUAUGGCAAUAACGAUAGAGUGGAACCGAAUUCGAAUGGACACCUGGAAUGGCGAUUGAAUAGGGGUCGAGCUCUACAGCAACAUUUGUUCUACUCUCCGGCAAACCCACCCAGACGUUGGGUGGUGUUCAUCUUCGAAGAUGCUGUCAGCAAGGAACUUUUCGAUCGCUUCCUGUACUCAUACAUAGAACGUGCUCAAAGUCAUGGCAUAAAGCUACAACGACCAUCUCGAAUAGAAACAAUCGAUCGUGUUGAUAUGGAUUAUUUAAUGGAUAAGAUGAAGAUGAUGCGCAAGAACUGUGUGGAGUAUGUGAUGUUCAUCACAAAAGAUAAACGCGAUCCAGUGCAUGAUAAAAUGAAAUUGACUGAGGUGCAAGCGUCGGUGGUAACACAGCACAUCUUUUCGGGUACGAUUCAGCGAUCGAUCGGAAAUCGAGGUGCUGAAAUGACGCUUGAUAAUCUCAUUAUGAAGAUGAAUCUGAAACUAGGUGGCAUCUCACAUGCGAUUGCCGCUUCGACACCUUUUAUGCGAUGCAAUCAUUUGAACGAAGACAUAUGUAAAAGAAUAUGGCUGCGUCCAACUCGAAUGUUCAUUGGACUUGAUAUGUCGCAUUCAUCUCCGCUGUCUUUUUACGAACGUCAAGCCGGUUUCCACGCCUCUGAACCUACUGUUGUCGGGAUGGCGUAUACGUGUGGAAGUGAAUUCGGAAUGCGUGGAUUGUACUGGAUGCAAGAGCCGAGAGUCUAUACAAUUCAGUCAUUAAAAGAACAUUUGGUGGAGGCACUGAAUCAGUUCAAGGAAGAGUCAGCAAAUAAAUCUUAUCCAGAACAUGUUAUUGUAUUCAGAGGUGGUAUUUCUGAUGGUCAAUUUCAAAAGGUGAUGACUUUGGAAGCGAAUGCUUUCCGUGCUGCGUUCGAAGCACUUCCGUCCUCAACACCUCCCAACAAGAUCAGACUGUCACUGAUUUGUGUUCAAACGAAUUCGAACUAUCGACUGCUGCUCGAUAAUCCCACUUCAUUGCAAGUCGAUGGCAACGCUCUGCAGCAAAAUGUACCGUCAGGCACUUGUGUUGAUUCGUCCAUUGUGCAUCCCACACAAGCUGAAUUCAUACUGGUCGCUCAUAAAUCUAUCAUGGGAACAGCACGUCCAAUCCGUUGUACGGUGCUGGUGGAUGAUGAGCCGCGUAUGGGACUGGACGAGGUGGAAGGCAUAACGAAUUGUCUUUGCUAUAUGCAUGGUAUUGUCACGUCACCUAUAUCCGUACCUGCACAUCUCUAUGCCGCAUCGAAUUUGGCGAAGCGUGGAAGGAACAACUGGAAAAUUGUUUGCAACAACGGUGAUGAUGACGUCUCAAUUGCAAGUGGCGAUAGUGGCAGUCAUAAUCAGUUCCAUAACGAUGGCGCUCCCGAUUUCUUCACCAAUAUCUCCAGUCAUCUUGCACCCAAACUAAAGCAUAAAUUUUGGGCAUAA